AGCAAAACUUUCGUAUGUAUCGUAUAAAUAUACGAAAAUUGGGUUUUCCGCGGUUCUUCAUGGGGAAAAGAAACGAAGCUCUGUUGCAGAUGUCGGAAGAAGUACAAAAUCAACCUAAAAUUGCCGACAAACGGACUAAACUUCAAGAAAUCAUGGAGAAGGAGGAUGAUGAUAGAGUCAGUGAGUUGCCUGAUUGUUUGCUUAUUGAAAUCCUCUCUCGAUUACCCUCAACAAAAUACGCCAUUAGAACAGGUACGCUCUCCAAGCGAUGGGAACAUCUUUGGACUUGGGUACCUACUCUGAUGUUUUGUCUUCCCCCACCUCAACGUCUCAAAAACCCUAAUUCAAGGGACGAAUUCGCAUUAUUGGUGGACAAAACCCUAACUCAAUGUCGCCAAUUGAAGCUCAAGAAAUUCGAAGUGCAUAUCCUUAAUGAUAUCCGAUUUGAAUCACUGUUUAACAAUUGGAUUCGUUAUGCUAUAAGUUGUAACGUUGAAGAGCUUAACUUGAACAUUUGGAGGAUGAAAGAUGAGCCUGAGUUUCUGUUAGAUCAAUUUGUAUUCAUGAAUUCAUGUUUUACUGAUCUGAGACUAAGAGGAUGCAAGUUGAAUCCAACUGGGGCGAUUAGUUGGGAAAAUCUUAGGAGUUUGUGUAUUUCCAGGGUGAAUGUAGAUGAAGAGUUGGUUGUAAAUAUAGUAUCAGGGAGUCCUCUAUUGGAAACUUUGGUGUUGGAAAUGUGCCGGUGGCCAUAUAUUACUUCAUCUGAAUUUGGUUCUGAAGCGGAUGAUAUCAUCGGAAUCAGUGGUCCUACUAGUUUAUCACUAACUCAAUGUCGCCAAUUGAAGCAGUUGAAAAAAUUCAAAGUGUCUACCAAUUAUGGUAUUCAAUUUCAACCGCAGCUCAACAAUUGUAUUCUCUAUGCUAUAAGAUGUAAUGUUAAAGAGCUUCACUUGAGGUUUUGUAAUAACAUAUAUGAUGAUGAGUUUAUGUUGGAUCAGAUUGUUUUCACCAGUUCAUGUUUUACUGAGCUGAGUGUAGGUGGGUUCAUGCUUAAUCCAGUAGGGGCGAUUAGUUGGAAAAGUCUUAGGAGUUUGUGUAUAUCCGAGUAUCAGAGUUUAGAUGAAGAUCUGAUUGAAAACAUAUUAUCUGGGACUCCUGUACUGGAAACUUUGGAAUUGAACCGUUGCUAUGGUUAUAGGCUGCUCAGUAUUACUUCAAAGAGUGUUAAAAACUUGGUGAUAUUUGGAUAUGAGGUUCCUUAUGGUGAAUCUGAAGCCAAUAUUAUUGAAAUCAAUGCUCCUAAUAUUUUAUCACUAACAAUGGGAGGUUUGAAUUUUUUGUGUAAGCCUUUGUUGCUGAAUGUGUCUUCUUUAGUCAAAGCUCACUUAGAUUAUUCUUGUACAAAGCCCGAGCAUCUCCAGACACCACCUAAUGAAGUGGAAGAAGAGGUGCUUAAAAGAUGUAUAAUGAAUCUUCGCCAUGUCAAGGAGCUUCAACUUGGGCUUUUAUGUUCUAAGGUUCUUUUUUGUUUGGAGGCUAAAGGUUUCGUUUCUCCAUCAAAUGUGAAAGCUUACCAGAUUCUAUGACCAUAGCCAUAACUAUUUCCAUCUCCUUUUCUGAUCUAUUUUAUAAAGUAGAGUAGACUUCUUUUAAUUAGGUUGUGGAUCAUUUCUUAUCAAUUGCUGUUUCAUGCUAUGGUGAAUUAUUAUUAUUAUUAGCUGUUACUCCAAAGCAUCUAUAGUACUAGUUUAGUAAUAUAUCUCUCUCUUCUUCUAUGAAUUAUGGCAUUUUUCUUGUGCAAAAUUUCUUGGUAUGCUUUUGUUU